AUGGAGGAAGAACAACAGAUCCACCAUAUUACCCCUCGUGAGAUUACUGCUUGCAUUUUACAGAAAAAAGUGGCAGUCACGGGAAUAGUCACAAAAUCCACGCAAAUUCGACCGUUGCUUGAACUUGCAGUGCAAAUAUGUCCACUGGACUAUUCAAUGCACUCUCGUGAUUUGAGCCACGCGGACUCUAUGGUCAAAAUGGCAAGUAAAACUCCCGACGGAAAGCCACUCGAACUCGAGCAAGGACUUUCGAAAUACAAAGAUUUUCAAACGUUGGUGGUACAAGAGGCGCCAGAAAGUGCGCCAACGGGGCAGAUGCCACGGUCCGUGAUAGUUGUGUUGUACAACACGUUGGUUGAUAAGGCAAAGCCCGGUGACCGGGUCUGUGUGACGGGGAUUUUGAAGGCGUUAGCCGGACCGAACCAUUCGUCGACGUUUAGUGUGAUAUUGGAGGCGGAAAGUGUGAACGCCUCACAGACGGAAGGGCCUCAAAUUACUGAUUUGGACAAAGUUAAUAUUGAGAAAGCGAUGAAAGAGGAUGACAUUGUGAACCAUUUGACAAAAUCGAUUGCUCCGUCGAUAUAUGGACAGACAGAAAUUAAAAAGGCGAUUCUUCUGAUGUUGGUAGGCGCAACCGAGAAAAUUCGACUAAGAUCCAGAGUUAGAGGAGAUAUCCACGUUAUGCUUUGUGGUGACCCAUCGACUGCAAAGUCACAACUCCUUCGGUAUGUGAUGAACAUAGCACCGCUCAGUGUGUCGACUAACGGAAGAGGAGCCACAGGUGUGGGUCUGACUGCGGCCGUGGUAAAUGAUCCAGACACACAUCAAAGGACUUUAGAAGCUGGUGCGAUGGUGUUGGCAGACAGAGGCAUUGUCUGUGUUGACGAGUUUGAUAAAAUGUCUGUUGAAGAUCGAGCUUCGAUGCACGAAGUGAUGGAACAACAGACCGUCACGAUCCAAAAAGCUGGGAUACACACAGCGCUCAAUGCACGAUGUUCUAUUUUGGCUGCUGCAAAUCCGUCGAAUGGGAAUUAUAAUGUGAAGAAAAGCCCGAUGGAAAACCUGUUCUUUCCAGAAUCACUUCUUUCGAGAUUUGACUUGAUAUUCAUUGUGUUGGACUCGACCACGGAGGAGAUUGAUAGAAGUGUAGCGGAACAUGUGCUGAAGAUGCACCGACACUUUGAUGCGAUGUCGGGGAAGAAAGCGGAGAAUGAGAUAGAUGUGCUGGAGGUGGUUGAUGCAGAAAAGGAAAAGGAAGGCGAUGCGCCUGUUUAUCAAGACACUUCGUUGUAUGCUGGUGAGAAAUUGUUCACCAAUAAGUUCAUCAAGAAGUACAUCACAUACGCAAGGAGAAAACAAAAAGUUGUGUUGAGCCAACAGGCGCAGGAGAAAAUUUGCGACGCCUAUGUCAAAUUGCGUGACAGUGAAAGAAAGAAACGCGCAAAACACAACUUCAAAAUACGGACAUUGCCGGUCACUGCAAGAGCACUCGAUUCGUUGAUUCGUAUAUCAGAAGCACACGCACGAAUUCGUGGUGUUCCAGAGAUAGAAGAGAGAGACGCACUUGCUGCCGUGCAACUUGUUUUCUACGCUCACUUUGAUGAAGAGUGGGAUGGGAAUGUCACCACUGAUGUCGCUCGAAAGAUACGGUCGUAUGUGACAAAACAACUUGUGAAUGAAGGGAGGGAUGUCGUUACCUUCGAUGAAAUUAUGGAGAAGUGUAACGUUGAUGAAAAUGGCUUGAAAGAUGUUGUUGGCGUUUUAGAAUUUGCGUCUGACGCGGAGGAGCGAAUCGUGUAUAAAUCCUAA